AUCUCCUUCUUUCUCGAGAAAAUGGCAAAACCUCCCAAAUCACUACGAUCACUUUCUUUCUCCUUCUUUCUCGAGAAAAUGGCGCACACACAAAUCACUACCAUCACUUCCUUUCUCCUUCUUUCUCGAGAAAAUGGCAAAACCUCAUCUGGGUUCCAUGCUUUUCUCUCUCUUCUCCCUCCUCUCUUUCCUCGUCUUGGUUCAGUCUCAGUCCAGCUCAACCGACGCUUCAGUAAUGCAGGACCUGAAAACCAGCCUCAACCCACCGAGUUCACUCGGCUGGACCGACUCAAACCCCUGCAAUUGGCAACACGUAGCUUGCUCCAACGACGGCCGAAUCACCCGGAUCCAAAUCGGGCAUCAAAACCUCCAAGGUUCUCUCCCUCCCUCAAUCAACAAACUCACUGCCUUACUGAGAUUCGAGGUCAUGUCCAACCAACUCACUGGUUCGCUCCCGAGUUUCGCCGGGUUGAACUCGCUCCAGUACCUCUUGCUCAACGACAACAACUUCUCUUCCAUUCCCUCUGAUUUCCUUUCCGGCUUAACCUCUCUCCAAGCUGUAUUUCUCGAUCAAAACCCCUUUUCGGCUUGGCAAAUUCCGGUAACUUUCCAAGACGCCUCAACUCUCCAAGUCUUCUCGGCCGUUUCCGCUAACAUCACCGGAAAAAUCCCCGAUUUUCUCGGCGGCGACACCUUCUCGAGCCUCACGACUCUUCACUUGACUUUCAAUUACCUCGAGGGUGAGCUUCCGGCGAGCUUUUCGGGUUCUCCGAUUCAGUCUCUGUGGCUAAAUGGGCAGAUGAGUAGUUCUAAGCUCAAUGGCUCAAUUGCUGUGAUUCAGAACAUGACUCAAUUGACCGAAGUUUGGUUACAAUCCAAUUCCUUUUCGGGCCCUUUACCGGACCUUUCGCGCCUUACCAUGUUGCAGAACUUCAGUGUGAGAGACAGUGAGGUUACGGGUCCGGUACCGGAUUCUUUUGUGAAUCUUCCAUCGCUUAGGGUUGUGAAUUUGACAAACAAUCAAUUGCAAGGUCCAACCCCGAAAUUUCCCCCUUCUGUUGGGGUUGAUUUGAUUCCUGGAACAAAUAGCUUCUGCUUAUCUGAUCCCGGAGUUCCGUGCGAUCCCCGAGUGAAUACAUUGCUUUUGACUGCGCAAUCUGUUGGUUACCCGACUGUUUUUGCGGCGAAUUGGAAAGGUAAUGAUCCCUGUACAGCGUGGUUGGGGAUCAGUUGUAGUAAUGGAAACAUUACUGUUUUUAAUUUUCAGAAAAUGGGUCUUACGGGUACGAUUUCUCCGAAUUUCUCUUCGAUUUGUUUGAUGAAAUAUACAAAUGAAAGCAAAAGGAAAAGAAGGUGUAAAACUAUCCCGAAUGAGCUUACAACUUUGCCUAAUCUUAAACAAUUAGAUGUUUCCAACAAUCAGCUUUAUGGGAAAAUUCCAUUGUUUAAGAGUAAUGUGCUUGUAAAAACUGAUGGCAAUCCUGAUAUUGGGAAGGAUAGUGGUGGUCCGACUCCGGGGACACCUGGAACCCGAACACCCCCGGGGAGUACACCUACUACACCCUCGAAUAAUGGUACGAAGAUUUCGGGAAAUAGUGGCAAUAAGUCGUCGACUGGUGUGGUUGUUGGUUCGGUGAUUGGUGGUGUUUGUGUGGUUUUUGCUUUUGUCGUUGGAUUGUUCUGUGUUUACAGGGCAAAACGAAAGCAUUCUGGUAGGGUGCAGAGUCCCAAUGCCAUGGUGGUUAGUCAUGGAAGUAGUGGACCUAGUGACAUUCACGUUAUUGAAUCUGGAAGCAUGGUGAUCUCGAUUCAAGUUUUGAAGAGCGUGACUAACAAUUUUAGCGAAGAGAAUAUAUUGGGAAGAGGUGGAUUCGGAACUGUUUACAAAGGAGAGUUGCACGAUGGGACUAAGAUUGCGGUUAAGAGGAUGGAGUCGGGAGUGGUAACUGAGAAGGGUUUGGAUGGGUUCAAGUCUGAGAUAGCUGUGCUUACAAAGGUCCGACAUCGGCAUUUGGUUGAUCUUCUUGGAUAUUGCUUGGAUGGAAACGAGAGGCUAAUAGUUUAUGAGUACAUGGCUCAAGGAACUCUUAGUAGGUUCUUGUUUAACUGGAAGGAGGAAGGGUUGAAAUCCCUUGAGUGGUCUAAGAGGCUGAUCAUUGCUCUUGAUGUGGCCAGAGGUGUUGAGUACUUGCAUGGUUUGGCCCAUCAAAGUUUUAUUCAUAGAGAUCUUAAACCAUCCAACAUUCUUUUAGGAGAUGAUAUGCGUGCUAAAGUAGCGGAUUUUGGACUUGUUCGUCUCGCACCAGUUGGAAACUCUUCAGGUCUAACUAAAUUAGCAGGAACUUUUGGAUAUCUUGCACCAGAAUAUGCAGGUACUCUUUUAUAAAUUAAAAAUUAUAGA